AUGGACUUGGAAGACGAUCCCAAAACCGCGAUUUCUCAGCCACAGAAGCCACCGAGAUUCAGGAACCUUGGCCUGGCUCUGCGAGUAUUAGUCCUUUGUGUUGCAAUCUCGGGCAUUGUUGUUGCAGCUAUCCCUGCAUCGAGGAAUGCUGUCGCUAUUGGAAUAUUAGGUCCGGCGUUCGUCACGGCACUCUGCUGGUCAUUGAUAGAACUCGUCUGCUCAGUGACCAAGACUCUUCCGACCGUUCGCCCAUCAUUCAGCUUCGUUAUACAUUGCUUCAUUACCCUUGGAUCAAUUGCUUGCCUUGCUUGCUUCGGAUGGUUCCGAGAUUGGUGGCCGGGUGGUAACGCUCUUGAUGAUGAUACUGAACCAUCGGAGCCUCUGUUCUUUGCCGCACUGGUACUUGCCUGUGUAUCGACGGUCGUUGAAAUUAGUCUCUGCAUUAUUGGCCUUAUUGAGUGA